GGUCGCUUUCCACCGAGGAUGCAUCUCCAGGCUGCCCCCGACAGCAGAGCAGCCCCGCACUUCCCAAGGUCUCACCUGGCUGAAGCAGUUGCCAAAGCCAAGGCAGGUGGAGGUGCUGGUGGAAGCGCUGGUGGAACUGGGAGAGGUCUCGUGGGACAGAUCAUCCCUAUAUAUGGAUUUGGCAUCUUUUUAUAUAUCCUGUACAUUUUAUUUAAGCUGGCUUCCAAGGGAAAAACUGCUGCUGGAGAGCGGAAAUGCCCUCCUGUGGCACCUGGAAACAUGAAGAGGAAAAUCACUGACUACGAGCUCACUCAACUCCAGGAAAAACUGAGAGAGACAGAAGAAGCUAUGGAAAAAUUAAUCAACAGAGUGGGACCUAACUGUGACAGGACUAAAAAUGUUACAACAGACCAGGAAAAAAGGUUACUGCAGCAACUCAGAGAAAUUACUAGAGUUAUGAAAGAAGGAAAAUUCAUCGAUGGCAUCUCUCCUGAGAAGGAAGCUGAAGAAGCUCCUUACAUGGAGGACUGGGAAGGUUAUCCAGAAGAGACCUAUCCUGUCUAUGAUAGUUCCGAUUGCUUCAAGCGCAAACAGGACACAAUCCUUGUAGACUACCCUGACCUGAGCCAGCCCUCUGCAGAGGAGCUGGCAGAAAGAAUGGAGGGCAUGGAAGAUGAGGAGCAUCUGUGCAAUGAAGCCCUGCUAUCUCAUCUCACCAAGGGAAGAGCCAGCCAUGAUUUCAUGCAGAAAAAGGAUGAGUUAACUGGCACCAGUGAGGAGGAGAGGGACCUUCAGCACAGCCAAAGCGUUGAAGAGUGCUGCUGUUGUUACAAGAGUGAUGAUCCUGCUGUCAUAGCAGAGAAUGCUGGAUUCCACUCUGAGAGCUGCAGCGAAGCAGAGGAGUCAACCCAAGAGGACCUGUCUGUGGAGUCAGAAGGUGAAAAUGCAGCACUGAGAAAGCAGAAAGCCGGCGAUGCAGCUGAAACGGGCACGCUGAGAAAGCGCAACAUGAAAGGACCUGAGGAAUAG